AUGGGAAUCCCUCUUUGCCAGCUAUCGUGUGAAUUACCACGGUUAGUGGAAAAGGCCGCUGCAAUGAACCGCGUAACGGACGCGCUCGGAUGUACCAGCGCUAGGGUUCUGCCGCUGUUUGAGCUGAAAGACAGCGAAAAUCAAUGGCUAAAAUCACGACUGCUUUCAUUGCAGGAUGCUCAGCAAGGCCCAUCGCCACAAGAAGUGAAAGAGUGCGAUACAGCGCGAGUGUGGAGUGACGAUGAUAGGAGAGAUAUUCUCCUCAACCACUUGACAGGGUCGGCGCAAGCCCACAUCAAGAAUUUGCCUGAGGAAGGUCGACGCCUUUCGUUCCAAGAAGUCGUAGAGGAACUCCGUAGAGCAAAAGAUACUCCGUGCGAACGACUGAAAGCAGAGUCCGAAUGGAAAACCCUCAAGAGGCAUGAUGGAGAGUGCGGACAGCACGGUCACUCUCAUCGUGAGUGCAGCCAGCAGAACAAACCCUCAUCCUCGAGAUCCAGUCAGAAAAAGGACUCAGCACGUUCUAAAAGAGGGUUUCCAUCCAGUGGGUCACAACAACGACCAAAGCACUCAUCGCUAUCGACACAUCUGAAGUCAUGGUGUCGUGGAGUCCGGAAAAGUGUACCCACCAGGACAGAGGCCUAUGGCGAGCCGUGUUACUGCGAUAUUGAAGUGUUCGGUCUGAACACGAAAGCACUCAUAGACACGGGCUCAGUUAUAUCUAUCAUACCCGUAGGUCUUCUGCAACUCGCUCAAAAGAGUGGCGCUGAUAUAGACACUAUGGCUACCAUUCUAGGAGAUGCCGACAAGGACGAAGUGCUCGAUGCGUCAGGAAAUCCGAUGACGUUCCUCAAGAGGAUCGCAGUCGACAUUAAGGUCAAAGGCGCUAAAAAAGCCAAUGUCCAAUUACACGUUCAGCAAGCAAGCGAUACCCUUAUUCUUCUCGGCACCAACGCCAUGGAGGCGUUAGGCAUCGGGGUAAGCUUGACACCUGAGACGGAUACGGAAGGUGACCACGAAGUACAGCAGACGAAGUCUAAGCAAGUCAAGAGUGCGUUGGCACGAGUUCGUAAAAGAGUCGUGAUCCCGCCUCACACCUCGGCGUUCGUCGAGCUUGAGGGGAAAAACCGCAAGCCCGAGCAGGUCUUCUGGUCCAAUGACAACAAAAUAGCGUCAGGAGUAUGCCGCAUAUCUCAUGGACAUGGUAUCAUACCUGUCGUGAACAAAGGUGAGGAGCCAUGGGUAAUUCCGAAAGGAAAAGUGCUCGGAGAAUGGUCAAAUGACCUCUGGUACAACCCGAAUACGGCUGAGAUACCUGGCGAUGUACUCGAAAAGGCAACAGAAGUACCCGAAAAGGGGAAAGCCUCGGAG